ACAGACACAACCACAGUCAUCGAGAAGUAUCUACAAAGGAAAAUCCACAAUCACUACAACCAUGUCAAACAUCGUGCACAAGGUCAAGGACGCCGUGACCAACCAUCACGACAAGCCUAGCCACUCCACCAACGCAGGUCCUCACGACUCCAACGUUGCCAACAAGGUUGACCCUCGUGUCGACAGCGACCGAGACCACCGCGCCGGCUACUCUGCAGCUGGUACCGGCAACACCACCGCUGGCACAGGCAUUUCCUCCGGCACUGGUACCACUGGAACCUCCUACGGAGCCGGCACCAGCGGUUACGACAGCACCAACACCACCGCCUCUGGCCCUCACGGCUCCAACCUCGCCAACAAGGCCGACCCCCGCGUCGACAGUGACCGCGGCCAAUACGGCACCACCGGCGGUGUGACUGCUGGCGGCGCCUACAACAGCAACCCCAGCUCCACCAAUGCCGGUCCUCACAGCUCCAACCUUGCCAACAAGGCUGACCCUCGCGUUGACUCUGAUCUCGACAACCGCGCUCGUCACCAGAAUCUGGGCAGCAACACUGCCCCGGCUGGCAGCAGCUAUACUACCCCUGGCAGCGGCGGAGCACAGCAGACUGCUGGCCCUCAUGAUUCCAACAUUGCCAACAAGCUUGAUCCUCGUGUUGAUUCGGACCUGGACAACAGCCGCACUGUUGGUGGAAAUGCUACUCGAUACUAG